GCAUGGCGGCGGCCUCUGAUUUCCUGCUCUCUGCUUCGUUGGUUUAUAAGCGUUGAAACGUCAGUUCUGUUAAAUAUUUAUUAACAAACACCAACAGAGUUUCCUUAGUCAAUUUUUGGGGGGGACAAUUGGAGCCCUUUAACCUUCGGUGAAGAUGGGGCUGGAGCGGUUGUUUCGCGGGGCUCUGGCUUAUUACUCCAAACACCUUCCACUCGUCAACUUUCAGCAACGAUUCAGAGUCCUUCAAAAUGUGUCGAUGUCCAGGCAGGCGUCGCCGAGCACGUCCAGCGUGGUUAGCCGGGCUACGUGUGCAGCGGGUCAGUGCGGCAGGAUAUUCGUGCAGAAAGGCACCCGCGGCGUCGCUCAUAGACAGCCGGCCGCGCGCCUCUGCACCUCCGCGCAGCCCUCCAGAGACGUCACCCUGUUCCGGCACGACAGGACGCGCUUUUUCCAGCUCCUCGGGCUCUUCUGCGGGGGCCAGUUUCUCUUCUGGACAUACCUGGGCCACUUCGCUUACACCGGACUCAGAGACACGGGGGCCGCUACUGAGAAAGGAGGGGCCAAGACGUCCACCACCACCACAGGACUCGCCGGGAUGUGGAGUUUCGAGAUGAACCUGGGGUCGAACACCUGGAGGUUCGGCUUCACGCUGGGAUGCCUGACGAUCGGGGCGGUGAUUGUCGCCCUCGGGGUCCUGUUUUGCAGUCGCUCUGUCAGCCAGGUGGUUUUGCACAGAGGUGGGAAGAUGGUGACUGUCUCCACCCAGUCCCUUUUGGGACCAGACAGAGGCCGGAGAAUAACGGUGCCACUGUCCCAGGUGGCCUGCCACGCUCACAGGCACGAGUCCCCCUCGUUCAUCCCCCUCAGGGUCAAAGGAUACAAGUUCUACUUUCUUCUGGACAAAGAGGGGACUGUGAACAACGCUAGGCUGUUCGAUAGCACUGUUGGGGCUUACCGACCCUUUUAAGUUGUUGUUACUAUGAUACUGCUGUUAAAACUAUUCACCAAGGGGACACUGACUGGGAUUUCACAUGGCUGCAUAACAAAUGCCAGAUUGUUUUUAUUGUCUCUUCAAUUGAAUAAAAACCUAUGAGAUU